GUCUGUGUUGGUCUUUAAUUGAACAUAAAAUCUAUGUUAGCUGUGGCUCUGGUUUCUGUUGCCAGAUGAGUUAUGUCAAAUGAACUUGUCUUACCUCAGGCACCUCUUUUGGAUUUGAUAAACUGCCACACAAUGCUAGCUUCAAAUGAACUGUGUCUUUAUCUCCAUAGCAUACAACAACCCUGCAUUUUACCGGGGAACGGGAAACCUGUAGGACUUAAAAAAAAAAAAAAAAAAAUGCUUUACAAACCUAUUAGUUUUAGCAUGCACUGCAGCACCUCAUUUUACAUACUGAGGAAAAGUGAGGGAUCAUAAUCUGAAAGUAUAUUUUUUAAUAUCAGUUAACAGAGCUUUUCCUGGUGUCAUGCAUAUAGAGGCACAAAUAUGCUCUUUGUAUGGGACGAGCUCCAAAACGUGAAAACUCCCAGUGCAGGGCAGAGGGAGCUGUACUGAUUUUUCAGGGCACUGCCCUCUCCCCUGACCACAACACAGUGGUUGUGUGUAUUAUUGUAGCGAUGGUCUAGGAGCCCUAAUCACUUUUCCACAGCGUGUAGCUCAAGGGCCCCGACCACCCCCACCUCCUCUCCAAGUCCUCACUCUAGGGAGGCAGCAGGGCCUCCCUCCAGGCGCACAGAACCACGGCAUUUUAAACAGGCUGAAGCGCGCUCCCCACGGACAGCCUAGAGGCCCAGCCUGUGCUCGAACUCUCCCUUUCCCUGCCCCGGGGAAGACAAGGGCCCGUCUCUUGUUUCCAGGGGGCGAGCUGCCGUUCUCCUGUCCCCCCAGGCUGCUGCAGGAGCGGGGCUCCCAAUCCGACCCCCAGCACUAGGGCAGCCGCACCUCCACGCGACGCCCCCUGCUCCCGCCAUUCAGCGAGCCCCGCUCCAGCUCGGGGCACCUGCUCCCACGUGCGCCGCCGGGCAGCUGGUGGGCACGCGCUUCAAGCUACCGUACGGCCCACCGCUCCAGAGCGCGUGCGCUGCAGAACUUAGGCGAAGGCGGGCACGCUGCCCUGCCUGCGAGGAAGGCGCCAUCGUCCCGCCUCCCUCCCCCCCCCCAUUGGAUUGGCAGGCUGCGGCUGUCACUCAUGACGGAGCAGAGAGCAAGUUCCGUGGAACAGGUUCGGUUGAGCGGAGGCCGAGCGUCUCAAGUGUCCUUUCCUUAUCCCUGCCCUCAGUCCCUGCGUGGCGCUCUCCGCCGCUGCCCCAGCGAGGGCCUUGGCAGACGCUCCCUAACGCUUGUCAGUGAACACUCGGAGAGCGCCCUGGUAUUGUUACACGCUCCCGGGCCCUCGUCCAGCCAAUCGGAGUCUUUGCCUAGUGCGGCGGGCGGGCGGACAAGCGUUGUCUCCGUAGCAACCGAAGCGAAGCUCCGUCCCAGCAUCUGAUUGGUCGAUUCAAAGUGAUUCUUUGCGCGAGGUGGGGGUUGUUGGGUGCGCGCAGCGGGACCGCGCGGUGCCGGCGGCAGGACGGGAGAGAGGAUGCGGCCGGAUGGCGGGAUCAGCCCGAGCUUCGUGGCCCAGCAGCGGAUCCGGCAGCUGGAGCAGAAGCUGCGAGCUAAAGAAGAAAGAAUAGUUGUGCUGGAAACAGAAAAUGCUCUUCUUCAUCUGAAACUUGCAGAGUGUCGAGGGUUGUUUGGAAGAGACACUAAUGAAGUGGCACAGCUUAACUUUGUUCAUGACAAGCAACAGAACUUGUGUAGAAGCACGAGCUCCGUUAUAAUCCAGGUUUAUGGAGCAAUACAGAGACUUAAGCGAGACCUGAAAAAUCUCCAUUCAUUUGCUUUUGAGCUUUCAAGAGACUUUCAUCAUCAAUGCAAGAAUUCUCUUUACCAAGUUUUGACUGCUGUCCAAAGGAUCCAGAUGCAGAAUGAAGCUAUGCAAACAUUCCAGACAAAAGCGUUUGAUCUCGAGCAGUCUUUACAGGAAGUUAAUGAGAGAUACCAGCAAGAAAAACGAAAGAGAAAAAUACUUCACAACAGUUUAGUUGAACUGAGGGGAAAUAUCAGAGUGCACUGCAGGAUCCGUCCCUUACUGCCUUUUGAUACUGCUUCUGGACAUUCAGUCUCACAAGAUAGGCACAGAAAGCUUUCAGAAAAAGUGGCACAUGCUACUGAUGAUGAAACUGUCCUUGUAAAAUGCAAUCGUCCUGGUCAUACUUUGAUCAACAAGACAUUUCAGUUUGACAGAGUUUACAGUGUUGCUGAGUCUCAAGACACAGUGUUUGCAGAUGUGGCCCCUUUGCUUACAUCUCUGCUGGAUGGAUACAAUGUGUGUAUUAUGGCUUAUGGACAAACAGGGAGUGGGAAGACGUACACAAUGUUGGGACCGCAAUCUGAGGAUGAUGUCACUCUUUCAAUAGAAGAUGAACUAGAGCUAGGAAUUAUUCCUAGAGCCACAGAAGAAGUCUUCAGGCUUAUUUCAGAAAAGCCACCAGGAAGUCAUUGGGUUGAGGUUUCUGUUGUAGAAGUGUAUAAUAAUGAAAUUUUUGAUCUUCUGGCCAAAGACAGCUGUGGAAGAGUAUUCGGCGUUAAACGUGACGUUGUCACAACCAAGGAAGGCAAGAGCGAUGUGCCGUUGCUUACCUAUGAGACUGUUGAAAAUGCUGUAGAAUUCUUACAGCUAGUUGAUAAAGGUCUGCAGCUAAGGGUCAAACAUCCAACCCUGGUGCAUGCUCAUUCUUCUCGCUCUCAUCUGGUAGUGACAUUGACCAUAACCAUGAAGGCUGUCUCUGCAGAUAGCUUUGCUCCUCUAUGGACAGAUGAAGAGUCUAGUCCAAGGCUAAGUAAAGAGCUUUUCUGCACCUUUCCUCAACAAGUGAAAGACGAUAAACUCCUCUUUCCUUCCAGAGCCUCUUCUCCAGCACAGUUUGAAUCUACUGAGAAACUGAAGCACAUCAAAACUAAACUACAGCUGGUGGAUUUGGCGGGCAGUGAAUGUGUUGGUAUGUCUGGAGUGACAGGAGUAGCCCUGCGAGAGACCUCGUUCAUUAACCGUAGCUUAUCAGCUCUAUCAGACGUACUUGGAGCAAUAGCAGAGCAGCGCUCUCACAUUCCAUAUAGAAACAGCAAACUUACCCACCUACUCCAGGACUCCAUAGGGGGCAACGCUAAAUUGCUGGUGAUGCUGUGCGUCUCCCCCUGCCAGAAGUACUUAGCGGAAUCGCUGCAAUCCUUGGGAUUCGGAACUCGUGCUCGGCAAGUUCAGAGAGGACAAGUCAAGAAAAGAAAUCUGCCAGUGUCUAGCAAAUCAAAAUAAAAGCUAAGGCUCCCGUGGAUUAAAGUAUUAUUAAUGAGUUCCUCAGACUGAAAUGUAUCUUGUUGUCAUAAAGCCAUGCUUUAAGAUGUAAACUGCCAGUUAAAAUAAACACUCCUCAGUAUGGCAUUAGCAAA